CUGUUGCGGUGACCUUUCCACUACUGCUGACCCAGCUCUGUCGAAAUACACAUCACCGUAAUGUCCCCACGGUGUUAAUUCUUUUUAAAAGAAAUAUUACAGACCCGCUCUUUCUCCACAGUCAGUUAACGGUGAUAGUAAACGUGACAUUACCGCCAUGAGUACUAUGUUUGCAGACACGAUUCUGAUCGUGUUCAUCUCUGUUUGCACUGCGCUGUUAGCCGAAGGAAUAACCUGGGUUUUAGUUUAUCGGACAGAAAAAUACAAGCGACUAAAGGCUGAGGUAGAAAAGCAAAGUAAAAAACUUGAGAAGAAGAAGGAAACCAUCACAGAAUCUGCAGGACGUCAGCAAAAGAAGAAGAUUGAAAGACAAGAAGAGAAGCUGAAGAACAACAACAGAGACCUGUCUAUGGUGCGCAUGAAGUCCAUGUUCGCUAUUGGCUUCUGCUUUACAGCUUUGAUGGGCAUGUUCAACUCCAUUUUUGAUGGAAGGGUAGUAGCCAAACUGCCAUUCGUGCCCCUGUCCUACAUCCAGGGACUUUCACAUCGCAACCUGCUUGGCGAAGAUUACACUGACUGCUCCUUCAUCUUCCUUUACAUCCUCUGCACUAUGUCCAUCAGACAGAACAUCCAGAAGAUGCUGGGUCUUGCGCCAUCCAGAGCUGCAACAAAACAGGCUGGAGGCUUCCUUGGACCUCCUCCUCAAGCAGCUAAGUUUUCCUGAGCAUCACUGGGGUUCAGUGUUGGUGUUCUGCACUGCCGCUGUGACUGCAGCUGCGGCGCCCUCAUUUGGUUACAGACAGAACUGCUUGUGCUGUUUUGGAGCUGAGGUAUUAUCUGUCGCAGCUGCUGUAACAACCUGUUGUUCAUCUUUUCAUGUGUUUAUUUAACUUAACAAUGAGUCAGCUAGAAAUCAUGGGAGGAAAUUAUCUUAAUUAUGUGAUUACCAAAGGAUACAUGAUGUGCUCCGGACAAGCAUAGUUUUUUAAAAUUGUUAAUUUGACACAGUAGCCAUCUCAUUCGUCAGUAUUAUUCUAUGCCAUGUCUGUAUCCUCAUUUCUUGCAUAUUAAUAAAGUUUUAUGAUUAUGUUUAUCAGCCUUUUUUGUUUUCUGUAUUUUGAAUAUUUUUCUCAUUUAAUUAGGCUAAAAAUUAAACUUGAAAGAUGUUUCGUUUACAUUAGCCUUGACAUUUUGGUAAAGUUUUCUUAUACAGAUCUGACUUAAAUGCAGUGCAAUGGGAUUCUGCAAUAACCCAUCAUGUACUUGCCAAUAAAGGCACACUGACAGUCAA